GGCGGCGCUCGGCCGCAAUGCUCCUCACUUUGUGCUCCCGCGCCCGCCGCCUGGGAAGCCGCCGCGUCCCGCUCUCCCUGCGGCACCGCGAAGCGUUGUUUUCUGCAGCGGGAGAGAGAAGUGCUAUGUCGGGAAAGUUCCGGGAGGGACUGGAUGGGGCCACGCUCCCUGCGCUCGGCGGGCGCCCGCGCGCAGCCCUUUGUACGAGGAGAAAGGACUCCCGUGGAAGAUGGAACUCGUCUGUUUUCCAGAGUGUGUUUCCAAGCCCAUCAAUGAAAUAUGAUACUGCUGCUCUGUGUUGAUAUGCUUGAAGAACAUCUACUUAUUUGCUGGCACCUUCCAUCCUACGGAAAGCAUGGUCUUCUCCGCGGUGUUGACUGCGUCCCAUACGGGGGCCACCAACACAACGUUUGUAGUCUAUGAAAACACGUACAUGAAUAUCACGGUCCCUCCACCGUUGCAGCAUCCGGGAGUUGCUCUGCUGCUUAGAUACAGUUUUGAAACCAUGGCUCCCACUGGGAUGAGCCCCAUGACAGUGAAUAGCACAGCUGUACCCCCGACACCAGCAGUUUAUAAGAGCCUAAACUUGCCUCUCCAGAUCAUCCUUUCUGCUAUAAUGAUAUUUAUUCUGUUUGUGUCUUUUCUUGGGAACUUGGUGGUUUGCCUCAUGGUUUACCAAAAAGCUGCCAUGCGAUCUGCCAUUAACAUCCUCCUUGCCAGCCUGGCGUUUGCAGACAUGUUGCUUGCAGUGCUGAACAUGCCCUUUGCCUUGGUAACUAUUCUUACUACCAGGUGGAUUUUUGGGAAGUUCUUCUGUAGGGUAUCUGCCAUGUUUUUCUGGUUGUUUGUGAUAGAGGGAGUAGCCAUCCUGCUCAUCAUUAGCAUCGAUAGGUUCCUUAUUAUAGUCCAGAGGCAGGAUAAGUUGAAUCCAUACAGAGCUAAGAUUCUGAUAGCAGUUUCUUGGGCGACUUCCUUUUGUGUUGCUUUUCCUUUGGCUGUAGGGAACCCAGACCUACAGAUACCUUCCCGAGCCCCCCAGUGUGUGUUUGGGUACACAACUCAUCCGGGUUACCAAGCGUAUGUGAUUUUGAUUUCUCUCAUUUCUUUCUUCAUACCCUUCCUGGUGAUACUGUAUUCAUUUAUGGGCAUACUUAACACCCUUCGGCACAACGCCUUGAGGAUCCAUAGCUACCCUGAGGGUAUAUGCCUCAGCCAGGCCAGCAAACUGGGUCUCAUGAGUCUACAGAGACCCUUCCAGAUGAGCAUUGACAUGGGCUUUAAAACGCGUGCCUUCACCACCAUUUUGAUUCUCUUUGCUGUCUUCAUUGUCUGUUGGGCCCCAUUCACCACUUAUAGCCUUGUGGCAACAUUCAGUAAGCACUUUUACUAUAAGCACAACUUUUUUGAGAUUAGCACCUGGCUACUUUGGCUCUGCUACCUCAAGUCUGCGUUGAACCCACUGAUUUACUACUGGAGGAUUAAGAAAUUCCAUGACGCCUGCCUAGACAUGAUGCCCAAGUCCUUCAAGUUUUUGCCACGGAUCCCUGGUCACACAAGGCGACGGAUACGACCCAGUGCUGUCUAUGUGUGUGGGGAACAUCGGACGGUGGUGUGAAAAUUGGAACUGCCUGACAUUUUGGAUGAUGGUUGUUCUUUAUCUGACUUUGAAUUUUUUUCUUUCACAUGGUUUCUCUACUUAUACUUUAUUAUUUUUUAAAUAUAGGAUUUGUUUGUUAUGUGUGUGUGUACAGUAUAAAGGGAGAAUAGUGACUAGUUAUAACUCUGUUACCAAGGAUACACAAUAGGGAAGUGAUCAUAGAUGUUAACCUCCAGAGUUCAAGAGAAAUCCUAGAUUUAGGGGGAGGAGAUGCUUUUUUCUUUCUUUGAUUAAUUUUGUUUUUGAAGUAGGAAUCAGGAUUGUGUUAUACUGAGCCUGCAGCUACACUGAAAUGUAGGCGUUCUGUAUGCUGCUAAGGUAUGCUUAGUUGAGUUUAUUAAUUUUUUUUUUUCUGGAAGACACUGCUGCUUUUUGCCAUCACGUUGGAGCCAAAAACCACAUACAUCUCAGUAGAUAAAUAUUUACUUUUAUUUAAAAAAAUACAACCCGAGGGGGUUAGUGACAUUUUAAAGGUCAUUAAUAUUUACUUUGGUGCACUUUAAGAAACAAUGAACUAAAUCAUGUUUUUCAGAAUUGUUUUUAUAGAAGACAUGUUGUGCUUUAGGAAUUGCGUUAUUUCUAGGAAGAUAGUGUUUUUAAAAUGUUUUAUCUGCAUGUACAGUUUUAAAGGAGAGAACAUAAAAGUAUAGAACUUUUUCUAAGCACAAUUGCAAUUCUUUAGAGCGAUAGGGUGAAGUCGAGGCGACAGAGCACCCUUGCAAAUUUAAAUGGGAUUCGGUUAAGAGGGCGGCCAGUGCAGGCUGUGGUGAUUCCUUUUACUCAAGGGUUAUCACUGAGCCCAGCGGCGAGAAAGGCCUACCAUUUAUUGAACACCUACCAUUUGCCAGGCACUGUGCAUCAUUUUAUUCUCACAGCUUCCUGUGGGGUAGGUAUUAUUUCUUCUUUUUUACAGAUAAAGAAAGCAAGUCUCAGAGAGACUAAAGUCCUGCCCACGGUUAGUGAUAGAGCUGGGAUCUCAAAAAUCUUUGGAGACUGUGCUGUUUCACUGUGCCACACAGAUACAUCAUUCAGGUUUAGACGUUUCAUAGUCAAGAGGAAACUUUGCAUAUCCUUUAAUUUUUUUAGACUAAAAUCUUUUAAAAAUUGCAUCAUUUUUUAAUUACUAAAAGAAAUGUGAAACCAUUACAGAAAAUCUGGAAAAUAUAAAAAUAAAAUCAUUCGCAACUGCCCUUUUAAAGUGGAGCUUUAAAAUCUUAGAUAAAUAAGGCUAUGAGGAAAUAAGGCUAUGAGAUGAUUUUUUUGGAUUACAAAAUGAAUGACUGAUAAUUAUGGAGAAGUUAAAUACAGCUGUCUGUAGCCCUCAGCCUUGAAGGUUCGCAGGUUUCUAGUUGUCUAGCCAUUUCUAAAUGUUGUAAGGCAGAACAAUGUUGUUGCCCAGUGCUUGCCCAUAGCAGAGCUGGAGGUUGUGUAUGUGCUCAGGGACGAGUUUCCAACAAAGAAGCAGAGGUAAGCCCUGGGUGGAGUGUAGAGCAAGUCGUAACAGGGCAUAUCUGAGGUUUCAAAUUAUGUUUCUCUUGCAGAUGAUCUGCCCCGCUAGGUGCAUCCAGACCCUUUGGUCCACUUCUCUCUGUAACUACUGAUACACUUUAUAAAACAGCCAACAGGGAUGGGGCUGCAGGCUAAGGCCAUAAAGGCUCAAAGUGGAGCCUCUUGGCUACAUCAUGGGCUUUAGAAAUAGGUAUAUUAACCAUAAACAGUUUUGGACUUACAGCAUUUUUUUCAGAAUUUUAGUGCUUUGUGAACCAGUGGGGAAAAUAAGACUGUUUCUUCAGUGGUACAACCAGAGAGUUGGAUUAGAUACACGUAAGAUCUGGCCCAACUCUGAUGUGCUUUCCUUAAUGUGAGAGUGGAGAUUUUCGAAGAGCCCAGCUGACGCCAGCCUUACUCCUUGGUCUCUAGUAUUACCUCUUUAGGUUUUAUUUCCUUAGCUAUUUCCUAACACGGAGUGUCUGAAGAGCAUGGGCCACAGUAUCAGGAAGUAGGACUUUAGAAGGUUGAUGGCAUCACAGAAGACCUGGAAAUUCUGCUCUUAAGGCAGUUGUAAUGGUGUUACAACUCAUUUUUCAGUUAAAGGACUUAUUUGGGACUCAAGCAUAUUAUUUCACAUGUGGUUUUGGGAUCAUUUUCUGAUGAUAGUCACCUACCUCUUUGGUUUCUAGUUCAUGUUAUUCACAAGUAAAAUUGUUGUGUCCAUAGAUAUCAUAGAGAACAUAAACACUAUAGUAGAUGCUAGUAACGCACGGAAGUGUAUCAUGCUUUCCAUUUUCAAUAUAAACUGAAUUUCAAGCAGAUAUUAAUAAGUAUAUUUGGAAGCAGACUUUCUCUAAGGAAAGUCUCUAAGCAUGCUCUGUAUUCAUCUUACAUAUUGGCAAGAGUCUUGAAACUCCUUUUUGAUUGGAGUUGAAACUGAGCUUUGUUAUCUUUGUCCUUUUUUUAUGAGCGACCCUUAGGUACUUUUUCGCUGCUCUGUAGGCAGUGCAUCAUUUGGUGAGGGCUCUGGAGUGCCUGCUGAGAUGCUUGGUGCGUGUGAAGAAAAAGAAGAAAGGGACCUUUGUGUGAAUUCAGCAACACCGAACAGCAGUUCUCUUUACACUGGAUAAUCUUGAUUAGAUGACAGUUUACAAAUCAUUUUGAACAUUUUUUAUUACAUAGACAAUUUGAAAGCUCUUUUUACAAAAGUACUAUGGGCUACCUUUGAAAAAUUUAGGUGCAGACUUAUUUGUUGCCUAUUUCCCUAUAUUUUCUUGAGGGAAAAAAAGUACCACUACUUACUAUCACUGCUGACUGACAUAAUCAGAAAUGUUUUUAUUUUUGUUGUUUUUCUGGCUAAUAAGUAUGAAGCAUGAAAGAGAUAGUGAAAUAUUUGUGGUUAAAAGAAAGAGUCAAAAGAAAUCCCCAAUAGUCUGAAGUAGCGAUAUUCAAACUUUAAUAGGAAUAUGUUUCUAAGUAUUUCCAUGGGGGCGCUUCUUAACAAUGCAGAUGCCCAGGGCCCCCAGAGAAUCUGGGGUUGGGCUCAGGAAUGCAUACUUUUAUUUUGUGGAGCACUCUGCCUGAUGCAGGUGAGCCCUGGGGCACACUUAAAAAACACUCCUGUUGAAAAUAUACCCAUUUCGAUAUUGUCUGUUUUAUCCAAAAAUGUUUGUUUUGUGUUGGAAUCCAUUAUCUCUUAGUGCAUGGAUAAUCCAUAUCCAGAGGAAAAUCUAUGUAUCAUUGUGCCUGAUUUGCUGCCACGUGUGUUAGUGCUGGAUCUUGCCAGUGUUAGCUUUACCUUCUUUCAACUGGCAAAAUUCUGAUAAACUAUCUCAUUUCACAGUAGAGCAAAAAGAGUGACUUAAUAUUUGAAAGUCAUGGCUUUCUGGAGUCUAAUUCCUCUAACGUCUUCUUUUCUCCUAGAGAGAUAUCUUUAUUGUAUGUAAACUCCUGAAGAGUAUGAGGGGAAUGUAAAGAUUCGUCUAACACCUGUUGCUCUGCUUAUGCCAGUUGUGUUCAGUGGAAGCAUGAAGAAAAUAAAACGACCCUUUUAAUCCAUAUAUUUUGGUUGUUAACAAAAUUAUUUAAUUUUUUCUUGAUCUUUGCUUUUGUUUACGUGAAAUGUUUAUGUAUAUAUCAUAGAAAAUUUUUUCACUUGCUUGACAUUUUAUUCUGCCAUGAUUUUUCAGUUUAAGUUUAAAGGACUGCUUAAUUCAAAUUCAUUUUCUCAACCAUAGUCCUGCUAAAUUGCCUUCAUUGAAAACUCAGUUUUAUAAUAAAAUUAUAAAAGCACAUGUUUGUUAUUACAGGAAAUGGUAAUACAUUUACUAUAUAUUGGUACUAGUACUUUGUAAUUAAAAUUAAUUUAUUUUACAAUAGUACCUGACCUGUAUGGGAAAAGAAACUACUUUGAAUUUUGGAUUGUUAAUAUUCAGAAAUCAAAAAGUGUGGUUAUUUGUGUAUAUUCUUCUUAGAACCAGGAAAAAUACUCCCAGUAACAAAAUAAAUAAAUAUUUAACAUUUCUAAAAUUGGAA